AAUGAAAUCGGAAUACUUCAUUAAGCGUGCGUGAUCAGUUAACUAGUAUAAAAGCUGAAUAUCGCUGGCCAUCAUGCAUCAGAAACCAUCGACAGCUGGGAGAAUCGCAAGAUCUACCAAGAGAAGUGAAAAUUUUCUAGAAUUCAAAGAUGAAGUUCGCCGCAGCCGUAGUCAUCCUUGCUGCCCUUGUGGGCAUUGAGUGCUCAAUCAUCCCCCUUGCACCAGCCCUUUCUUACACUGCCGUAAGUGGUCCUACCUUGGUCGCUGCUGCACCAACAAUUCUCGGUCCAGGAAUCGCUACUAUUCGAGGUCCCGCUAUUAGCCCUCUUGCUCCAGCUGCGGUUGCUAUUGCGCCAGCUCAUGCAGUCGUUGCACCAGCUGUUGUAGCUGCUCAAGGAAGCUAUGUAGCUCAAACACGUGGUGCAGUGCAUGUUGCUCCCUUAGACGGACAUGCAAACUCAGCCGCAUCAAUUAAUUUGCAGCCUGCCCCCGGAACUAUUUAAGGAUACAAAUAUUUUCUUAUCUUGAUCCUGCAUGCCAUUGAUAAUCUGUGCCAAGAUUGUGUUCUCUUAUUAAUUUAUUAAGAAAAUUAUUUAUAAGUCAAAGCAAUAAACGAGAUCUCCUUAA